AUGAACCCGCAAUGUUCUAAAUGUAAAGCAGCAAUGAGGAAAUAUAACUACUCCGUCAAAGAGAUAGAACGUAUGAGAAACGACUAUGCAGACUUAAAGAAAGAAGCAGAGAAGCCGGUAGAAGAUAAAAUGGACAUGUUAGCAUUUCUGAACAAAAACUAUCCAACUGCUGACGAUUUCCUUCUAUCUGAUGUCAAGAAGAAGUAUAAAGAAACUUUCGGUAUCGUUAAAACAUUCGAUGUACUAAAAGAAGAAAUAGAAGCUACGAAAUUGUUUAGAGUCUCACGAAUUCAUAACGUUUACCAUGUGAAACGUUUAUAA